CUCCCAGUGGCUUCGGAGGGCAUCCAGUUCGGACGCGAGGCUGUCGAGAGCCAUGGAGUUGCGGGUAGCAGCAGAGUCGGGGCGGGGAAUAGCUUCUGGCGUACUGGAACCAUCGUUGUGACUGUACAGCGACUCACCCGAAGCGACGCUGUCGUGUCCACGGUGGCGUGCGUGCUCAGAACGAGAGGCGUCACCCGGAGCCUGUGA